GCCCUAAAUUGUAAUGCCCUGUGAAUUGGACUGUUGCCUUGCUCUGCCUCACGAUAUCGAAGUAUCGAACUUGGGUCUUGGCACAUCAGUGCCUAUGUUUGAGUUGCAGCUAAUUUAGUAAUUUAAUUUAAUCUUGUAGUUACGGUACGUUUUUCAGGUACUCAGUGGUUGAAAAAAUCAAUUGUACAACUUUCUUAAUUUUUACGAAGUCGCUAAAUUCUAGUUCUUAAUUAAUUUUUGUUUCAAUAUACCUAAAGCGAUUAUUGUUGAGUGCAUGUUAUAUUCAACUUGUUCGUGGUUCCAUUCAAACCGUGGACAGUGUUAUCGUUGAAGCCUUUUUUGUGAAAAAAAAUUUUAGAGCAGUCAUUUUGCUGUGCCUGUAUACUAUGUGCCUGGAAUCAACAUGAUGAGUAAAAACUUUUUAGAAUAUAAAAAAAAAACUAGAUGAUUAUUCUGAUUUAAAAGCUAGAGAUGUUGGAUCAAUAUAAACUUGCUUAAUGUCAAACGUUGAUGAAUCUGAAAACAUUAAAAAGAUGGAGAGUAUUAAUAAUGGUCAUACCGAGAAAAGUUCUGUUCAUUUGGCUAUAUCAUUCAGAAAAUUGUGCAUUGCCACAGCCACAUUGCCACUAAUCACUUUAUUGAUUUGUUUCGUAACUGCAUAUAUCUUCCAACAAGAUGAAAUUCAUGAAACUCAUUGUCGAGUUUACAAUGUUCUUCCAUCGAUAUCAGCCAUAACUGGUGUAUCACCGCAAAGAUAUUUAUGGCGUGUGAGUAUUGCUUUACAUAUUGGGCCACGACUGAUCAUAACAACAGUUUACUACUCCUAUUAUCGUAAAAUUUUACACACACUUGAGCAUCUUCAAACAAAAAUUAUUGGUUCGAGAUUAUUAAAUCUUUGUCUUUGGCUAAAUAUUACUGAAAUAACAGCAUUGUGUGGUGUAACAUACAUUUCCAACAAAGAAAAUUACUAUGCACAUGAGAAGAUUUUUAUUAUGUUUAUGGUCAGUUCAUUGACAUAUAUGCUUGCAGCAGUUAAAUUGAGUCGAUUAUUAACUCCAAGCGCACAAAGUCUUCAUUACAAAGAAAAACUUUUCGCAACAAGUUUAGUUAGUACAAUUGGUCUAAUUAUUUUCUUUUUAAAGCAUAGAUUGCUUUGCCAUGAUUUAGCAUUUAGUUGGUUUUCAUUAUGUGAAUAUGUAAUUGCAUCAGCAAACAUGGGAUUCCAUGUGACAGUUAUACUCGAUUUUCCAAAAGAACUACUUGUUGUCGGACAUGGUAUACCUGCAGUAAAAGUAGAUUAAUAUUUAUUGAUAAUAGCUAAAAAAAAAAAUAUUUAUUUCGUUAUCUUCUUGAAGUGCCUAUGAUUUUGUGUCGUUUGUCAAUGAUAUAUUGAUUUAAAUUGUAAAAUUCAAAUUUAGAUUCUUUUAAAUUCGUAAAAAAAAAACAGUUCAUAAAAAUUACAGAAAAAUUUUUAUGUAACCGGUUUAUGCAUUUGUCAAAUAAUGUAAAACAUAAUAAAAUAUUUUAGUGAUUGCAUUUAUUAUUAUACUGUAACAAAUGGGAACUUUGUUUUUUAUCAUCAGUUUAAGAAUCAAGAAAUAUAUGUAUAGCUUGCUUCUAGCCAGUUUUCUUUUCGUAUAGUGGUAAAGAUCUAGUCGAAUCACUUAUUCAGUCUAGUCAAAAAUUACUAAAGUUCCAGUAAAUUUGUCUUCUUGUUACAUGAUGUUGAUACAAUAUUAUCAUAUCUUAAAAUUAUUAGGCAAAAGUAAUAAUAAUAACCAUAAUAAGAUACAAUUAGUUAUAAAAUAGAAAGGUUAAAUAAUGUAAGUUUUUGUGAAAAAAAAUUGAAUAGCGUACUCUUGUUUAUAUUCUAAUGAAGAUUGAUUCGAGCGAUAAUCAUGGAUUAAGCAAAAGUGUUAUUUCAUGCCAACAACAGUUUUUCUGAGAAAAUAGAUAUGCAAUCAAAGUUUUUUCAAAAUUAUUCAGAAAACAUUUGACUUAAAAAAUGGCUCAAAAAGUUUACGUAUAGGUCUGUGUUUUCUUAUGAAAUGAAUUUGAACUUUAUUAAAAUAUAAAUCGUAAUUUCACAGUGUUUGAUUUCUCUUGAAGAGAAUUUGAAUUCUAUCUUUUUCAAACUCACAUAUUUGAGAAAGUAAGACAGCAUUGGUUAAUUUAUCGCACUUCACUCAUUUUUACCGACAGAACCGGAAAUUUCUUCGGAUUUUUCUCAUAAAAAGGAAAAACUUUGCAAUAUUUUUUUCUUGGUUAAUAAAAAAAAAUUAUAACCAAUUAUAAAACAUAAAAAAAUGUAAUCCAUGAAAAAUUAUAAAUGUAUUGACCUUGCCAAAAAAUAAAAAAAAUAAAAAUAUAGCUCUCUU